GAGACACAAACACAGACACUGUCAGAGCGACUUUACCAGCAGUAACAGUCAUGAGUUCAGCUCUGUAUCUGAUCCUGCUUUUCUCAGCUCUGUGGACUCUCUCCUUCUGUGGGACUCGUCAGUUUCAUGUGGUGAAAGUAAAUAAGACCUGGGAUGAAGCUCAGAAACACUGCAGAGAGAAUUUCACUGACCUGGCCACCAUUGAGAGCCAAGAGGAAAUGAACGCUCUGACUGCUGUUCUCAACGGGACAAAAGGUUAUUUCUGGAUAGGACUGAGACAGAAAGUUCAACAGAACAACAUUAGCUGGAUCUGGUCAGAUGGGAGUAACUCCUCGUACAGAUACUGGGACGCUGGAGAGCCAAACAACAAUGGGAGUGAUAACUGUGGGAUAUUAUGUCCCAGUGCAUACAGAUGGAAUGAUCUCCACUGCAAUUACUUAGAUCCAUUUGUCUGCUAUAAACAGAUUCCACUCAUCCUGAUUAAUCAGACCAAGACGUGGAGAGAAGCUCUGAGAUACUGCAGAGAGAAUCAUGUGGAUCUGGUCUCUGUUCACAAUGAGGAAAUUCAGCACUGGGUAUCUGGUUCUGGGUGA